CUAGGUCACUCUCUCACUCAAGCACACUCUUUUCAUUCUUAAACUCGCUCACAGUCUCCUUUUACACUGAAUCUCACUUCCGUUUUAGAGCUUGACCUGCCGGAGUUUGCUCUACGGAAUCAUUUCCGGUUCUUCACAGUUCACGACGGUGUUGUUCACGGUAGCCCGAGGCAGCAGAGAAUUUUGCAUAAAGAUGAGUUCAAGAAGAGGGGGUGAAAAACCAGUUGGUGCAGGUGCAGCCGAAGAUGAAGGUGAGUGGCAGGUGGCUUCAAGGAAGUCUAAAAACAGAGCGAAUAACAGUGCUCCAAAACCUAACAUUGGUGGCUCUGGAAGGGCUCCUGGGAAAACCUGGGCACAUACUUCAGAACCUAGGACACAACCCAGCAGGGGGAGUGUGAGGCCCCAUGCGCCCAGGAGGAUGCCUGAGAGAAAUUAUAUGCCUCCCCAACCGGUGAUUCCCCCACCUUUGGAGCGGGGUUGGAACUGGCAAUCUAGAGCUGGUUCUCUUCCAUCAAAAGGUUUUGAAGAUGGCCAAAAAGACAAAAGUGUGCAUAAUGACUACGAGGAUAAUGCUGAAGAAAAUUACGACGAUGACAAGGACGACGACUCUGAUAUUGUGGAUGAUUCAGAGGAUGAGCUUUUUAGCGAUGAAUUUGAUUCAGAUACCAGUCAAAAGAGUUAUGAGACUCGAAAGAAGAGUAGAUGGUUCAGAAAAUUCUUUGAAAGUUUGGAUAAUUUGACUAUUGAAGAGUUAAAUGAACCAGAAAGGCAGUGGCACUGUCCAGCGUGCCAACGUGGUCCAGGUGCCAUUGACUGGUACCGUGGCCUUCAGCCUUUAAUGGUCCAUGCCAAAACAAAAGGAUCAAAGAGAGUGAAGCCCCACCGGGAACUUGCUAAGCUUCUCGAUGAGGAGUUGUACAGGAGGGGAACUUCAGUUGUUCCAUCUUCUGAAGCAUUUGGUAGAUGGAAGGGAUUGAAAGAUGAAGAGAAGGAUCAUGAGAUAGUGUGGCCCCCCAUGGUCGUCAUCAUGAAUACCAGGUUGGAGAAAGAUGAGAAUGAUAAGUGGAUUGGUAUGGGGAAUCAGGAACUUAUUGAUUACUUCAACUCUUAUGCUGCUGUGAGGGCUCGACAUUCUUAUGGUCCACAGGGGCACCGGGGAAUGAGUGUGCUCAUUUUUGAAAGUUCUGCGGGGGGAUACCUGGAAGCGGAACGUCUGCAUAAACAUUUUUCUGAUCAAGGAACAGACAGAGAUUCUUGGAAUAGGAGGCAGGUACUAUUCCACCCCGGAGGGAAGCGCCAAUUAUAUGGUUUUAUGGCAACUAAGGAAGACCUCGAUGUCUUCAAUCAGCACUCACAAGGAAAAUCCAAGCUGAAAUAUGAGUUGAGAUCAUACCAAGAGAUGGUUGUUAGGCAGAUAAGACAAAUGAGUGAGGACAAUCAGCAGCUCAAUUACUUUAAGAACAAAGUGGAUAAGGUGCAGAGGCAUUCGAAGACUCUGGAAGAAUCCUUUGGUAUCGUGAGUGAGAGGCUGAGAAAGACAAUUGAGGAGAAUCGCAUUGUCAAACAAAGGACAAGAUUGCAACAUGAGCAGAACAAGGAAGAGAUGGACUUCCAAGAACAGUUUUUCAAGGAGCAAAUCAGAAUUAUCCAGGAAGCAAGAGAUGCCAAAGAGGAGGAUUUCGAAAUGCUACAACAAGGUGAGCGGGAGAAAGCGAAGCAAUCAAUUGAAAACACUUCCAGCACUGAAGACAUAAGGCAAAGAACUGAAAGAAUGGCGGAGUUCAUAAAGCUACAAGACAAAGAAAUGGAAGUGUUCGAGAAGAAGAGAGAGGCGGUAUUCAAAAUCCGUGAUGAAAAGUUGGCAGCAUCAAAGCGCAAGUUUUAUGAAGAACAGUGUGAGAUCGAGAAUGAAUGCAGUGCGAUGCUGAGCAGAUUGAUGGAGGAAUACGCUCACAUUCAGGAUUCGUAGCUUUUGAAUGAUGAAUACUCUGAAUUUGUGUUUGGGAAAGAAGAACAGGUUUUUCAAAUAUCAUUUUAUAGUUUUCUGUUUUAUUUUGUCAUGAACGGCCGAAGCACGGGGCCAGCUUAUUCAAUGGUGUGCGUGCGUCUAUAUCACUACAUGUUAACUCUUUUCUUGAACAAUGGCUAGUACUUCUAGUUUUGUUAU